AUUUACUAGCUUCCGGCGGCCGCUCCGACUGAUGGCGGAGCCAGGGCGUCCUGCUCGGGAGGCACCAGCAGCCUCGAGUCGGAAAGCGCAGCGCGCCGCGCGCAGACCCCGGUCCUCCCGCCCAGCUUCCGGUGCCUCGGAUCCGCCCCUCCGCAGUUCGGUGCAACCUGCGUGCGACUCCGCCGCCGGAACCCAUCCCGUGGGCAACGCAGUGGCGAUGAAGCAAAAGAAGAAGAACACCCCGAACAGGGUCCCUGGGACAAAUGGAAGCGAAAAGCCCUCCGAGAAACCUGCCCCGGACGAAGCUCCUCCUAGCGCCGAAGCCCAGGCGGAGCAGCUGGCGCGGGAGCUGGCCUGGUGUGUGGAACAGCUGGAGCUGGGUCUCAAGACGCAGAGACCCACCCCGAAGCAGAAAGAGCAGGCUGUUGGGGCAAUCCGAACGUUGCGCAGUGAAAAAACCCCCUUGCCCCGGAAGAGACAGCUGAUGCGCUCCUUGUUUGGGGACUACAGGGCUCAGAUGGAUGCAGAGUGGCGGGAGGCCCUACGGGCUCUAAAGGCUGCCACCCAUUCGGCCCAGGUACAGCUCGUUGGUGAGGCCGCCAGAAAGAAGAGCGGAAGGGUCUGCAGGUCUCGUCCUGCAGGAAGAGCCAAAACCACUCUGGACUUGACCAACGAAGAGUUUCGGUUCAAUUUCUUUUAGAGUCUCCUACAUGCUGGACUGGUCAUCCUCCUCCAGGUUGGUGUGGGGACGUGUCUUGCGUGCAGGGCCUUCCCAGGAAUUCUUUCAGGAGAAGUGGGGUUGGUCUGUCCUUCACUGCAGCAUGGACAUGAAGCGACAGGCCCGUGUGAAGCUGCUAUGUGGAUGUGGAAACCUUUGAAGGAAAUUUCUUCCUGUCAGAAGAGAGAUGUGGAGUAGCUGCUGGUGAUGAGGAACUGUGGGGAAGUUGAGGACACCACUGGCUCACUUUUGAAAGGCUGCUCUGGCCAUUUUCUAGUGCUUUGUAUAUUGUCAUAUUGCCUUAAUAAAUCUUUUCUAAGGAAA